CGCUGUUGGAGUAACAGGAGUGCGCAACGUCACUGGUUUUUCUCAGAGCUCCUCCAUUUCCAGCAAAGAGAUAUCUCAUUUUCUCACAAUUUCCUUCGAUUUAUCGCAGAGAAACACACUUGAAUUUUUUAUGAAACAAUCUGUAUUUUCUUUGCCUGGGUGAUUCCAUGGCAGGUCCGAGUAGUCAGCCCCAAAAGCUGUCCCUUUCACCAGCUCCGAAACGAUUCAAGAGAAACCACCCUCAGAAGGAUCUUCCUUAUGAUGUUGUUGAGAAAAUCUUCUCUUUUCUCCCGAUCAAGAAGGUGGUGCAAUUGGGAACUGUGUCUAUGCGCUUCAGAAAUUCAUGGUUUAUAAACCGGAAGCUUCAUUUCGACGAGGACUUCGCGAAAGGACGAGGGCGUGAGGAGAUCAUGUGGAUCUUGAACAGCGUCUUCAGACACCAUUUGGGUUCUAAGAUCGACAGCUUCAGACUGUAUUUCAAUCACGAUGGCAUGGAGUCCAAAGCUGAGAGCUGGAUCAGGAAAUCGGUUAAAAAGGGAGUGGAAGAGCUCGAUUUGGACUUCCGCCAAGGGAAAGAGCCAUUUCAGAUUGUUUCUGAUCUUAUUGAUGUUGAAUCCAUAAGGGUUCUAAAGCUGUCCUUCUGUGAACUCCAUCUGCCUCUCAAGCCUAAAGGUUUGUGUUCCUUGAACACUCUUGUCCUCAGGAAAAUGCCAGCCUCUGAGGGUUUGAUUCAGACAGUGUUUGCCAACUGUUUGCUGCUGGAAAAUUUGGAGCUACUGCACUGUUCUAAAGUCUUCCAUUUGAAGAUUUCGACUGGAAAGUUGAAAAGGUUCAGGGAGUUGAAGGUGGUGGAGUGUACUGAUCUUUCUAGUAUUCAUAUUUCGGCUCCCACACUUCGCUCCUUUUUCUACCACGGCUAUUUCAGCAAGCUGAGUUUCAAUGGCAGUCUACCACAGCUGAAAGAUGUGAUUCUCUGUUGCCCACCUGCAAGAAGUUGUUUGGAGAUGGUUCGGACCAGAAAUCUCCUACUGAAUCUUGUUCAUGUCGCUUGUCUCACUGUUUCCAGUACAUUUCUUGAGGGGCUAUCUCAAAAGUAUGAGAAGGGAGAUCUCAGAGCUAUGCAGUUCUCUUUAGGGAAUAUGAAGGAACUUCAUCUGAUCAUGGAUGCAACCAGCUUUUGCAAUCCUCAUGACAUUUCUUCUUUUAUCCGAAACUGCCCAUGCAUCGAGAAGGUUUUCAUUGAUCUCAAUAACUUUUCUUUUGGAUGCGGGUACUACUGGGAGUUCCAUGCCAAGAAAAAAUUCCAAGAAGAUAGCCAGCCACUGAAGUUCGAGUUCCUGAAAUAUGUUAAGUUGAAGGGUUUCAAGUUUGAAAGGCCCGAACUAGAAUUGGUGAGGCUCUUCCUGGAGAAGGCAAUAAUUUUGGAGAAUCUAGCUCUGAUCACUCCCAAAAACCGUCACAUGCAAUUUGGUCAUGUAGAUGCACAAGUAUAUAAGCACUGUUUUCUUACAUGGAGAGCAUCUCCAAAAGCCAAAAUAGUUUUGUAUGAAAAGGACUCCAGUUCAAUUGUACCAAACCAUUUGAAGACUUGGUGCUAAUAAGGAUCAUCAACAGUCAUGGUGAUCAGAAAUAUGUAACUCUGUCCUCAUACAGACAUGUCUUGAGGGUUUGAAAUUAAGGAAAAUGAUUAAACAUUCUAUACCCAA